AUGUCUAUCAGGUUUCUGUCUUUCUCCAGAGUAUUAUCAGCUUCCUUUGUCACUUCUUCAAGACCUAAACUAUCAUCAAUUUCUUCUCCUAGAAAGAAGAAUAUUCUAUUACUUCCUUCUGUAAGAACAAUUAGUAACAACAUGGCAUCAACUGGCGGCGAGAAAUUCCCACGACAACAGCAAGAACAACCCGGAAAAGAACACGCCAUGGAACCCGCUCCCAAAUCCAUCCAACACGACUACAAAGGAUCCGACAAGCUCCGCGGCAAGAUCGCGCUGAUCACCGGAGGCGAUUCCGGGAUCGGCCGGGCGGUGGCGCAGUGUUUCGUCCGGGAAGGCGCCACGGUGGCGUUCACGUACGUGAAAGGGGCGGAAGAUAAAGACGCCAAGGACACGCUCCGGAUGCUGAAGGAGGCGAAACACCCCGACGCCAAGGACUCGAUCGCGUUGCCGGCGGAUCUUGGGUAUGACGAGAACUGCAAGCGGGUUGUGGAUGAAGUGGUGAGUAAUUUCGGGAGGAUUGAUGUUUUGAUCAACAAUGCGGCGGAGCAGUACGAGACGCACUCGCCGGAAGAGAUUGAUGAACAGCGGCUGGAAAGAGUGUUCCGUACCAACAUCUUUUCUCAUUUCUUCAUGGUCAGGCAUGCUUUGAAGCAUAUGAAGGAGGGAAGUUGCAUCAUCAACACGACAUCCGUGACGGCGUACAAAGGCAGUCCUCAGUUGCUUGAUUAUACGGCUACCAAAGGAGCCAUAGUCGCGUACACUAGGGCGCUUGCCUUGCAUUUGGUCGAGAGAGGGAUCCGGGUGAACGGUGUCGCGCCUGGGCCGAUCUGGACGCCUCUGAUCCCGGCCUCUUUCAACGAGGAGAAAGUCGAAAGCUUUGGGAAACAGGUGCCGAUGAAGAGGGCCGGUCAGCCGGAGGAAGUCGCGCCGAGCUACGUCUUCCUGGCGUGUAACCACUGCUCUUCUUACAUGACCGGCCAGGUCCUGCAUCCUAAUGGCGGAACCGUGAUUAAUGGUUGA